AUCAAGUUCAAAUUAUUAAUUGAUUGGCAACUAUGGUAGCUAUGUCAAACUUAAGCUUUCAUUUUCAUUUGUUGAUGAUAUUUUUCUUAUUUACUGUCCCAGCAGCUAUUUCCAAAUGUGACCACAGAGUGCCUAGCAAGCAUGUUGCCCUGUUUGUUGUUGGAGAUUCAGUAUUUGAUCCAGGAAACAACAAUUUCCGCAAUGUUACCAUUGAUUUUAGGGCAGAUUUCUGGCCAUAUGGUGAGUCUUUCUUCAACUUUUCAACUGGCAGAUUCACUGAUGGUCGUAUUCUCCCUGACUUCUUAUCCAUGAACCUGAAUAUACCAUUAUGGAAACCAUAUUUAGCACCUGGUAAACAGAACUUUCUUCAUGGAGCCAAUUUUGCUGGGGCAGGUGCAGCGGCUCUUGAAGAAGAUAGUUACUCGGGAACCAUCUCCUUUAGUGAGCAAAUAAGCUAUCUAGAGGAUGUGGCUAGUUUGCUAAAGCAGCAGCUAGGUGAUGCGAAGGCAAAGAAAUUACUAAACGAAGCAGUUUACCUGUUUAGCAUAGGAGGCGUUGACUACUUAACUUCUAUUGCCACAGAAACAGAAGAAGAAGAAUUAGUAAAUAUGGUGAUUGGCAACAUCACAGACGGGAUCAUGAAAAUUUAUGCCAUAGGAGGGAGGAAAUUUGCAUUUCAAAAUAUGGGUCCAUUGGGUUGCAUGCCACUUGUAAGAAAGUUAUAUGGACUUACCAAUGAUUCAUGUUAUGAAGAUCUGUUAAAUAUAGCAACCCUCCACAAUGAUGCUUUAGCCAGUGCUAUUGAGGAGUUAGAAACCCAGUUGCCAGCAUUCAAGUACUUAAUCUAUGAUUACUACAAUUUACUUCUUGACAGGAUAGAAAACCCUUCAGAUUAUGGCUUCACAGAAGGGAUCAGCGCUUGUUGCGGCAAUGGGUCGUUUCUUGGGUCAGGUUGUGGGAUAGAGCCAUAUGAGCUAUGCAGUGAGCCGAGUGAGUACGUGUGGUUCGAUGGUGGCCAUCCUACUGAACAUGCCUAUGAACAAUUAGCCAAGGUGGUGUGGGAAGGAGGACCAAAUGCUACCAAACCCUAUAACAUGAAGCAAUUAUUUGAACUUGAAGUUGGGGAUGAGAGCUCCUCAAAAUCAUGGUCUAUUAUCUAAUGAAUAUUAAAUGUUGCCGAAAAUAAAAUUUUACAAUAAUCUCAUUUGUGAAUGGUUGGGAGUCAAGUUAUUUCCAAAUUGUUCAUAAAUGCUGAACAACUGAAUCAUUUUACUUUGGUGGGUUUGAAUAUUACCAUGGAAUUUUCAAUAGUGAAAGAAUUAUUUUCUCUGAA